AUGGGCCCGAACCCCGGGCCCAAAGCCCAACCAGCACCCAUUCGUGGGUUUGGAGUCAAGAUUGAUCAAUAUACCAAUGACGUGGACUUGAAGGACGAGGCAAAUGUGAAGCUAUGGGAAGCCAUUGGAGAUCACAUCUCACUCGUCACCAAAUUUCUUGCGGGCGGUGGCCCGACCGACUACGGGGCGGGGGGAAAGCCUCUUCUCUUCUGUGGCGCUGAAGCAGGCGUACAUCAACCUUGGGACACCUCUAUCGUGAAGGAUCAUGAAGGGAAAAACGUUGUCACUGAUAGAGAUCCUAAAACUAAGAUGCCGACCAAGUACUUGAACCUUGGACUAGCCUUUAUGGGUGUAUCCAGAAAUCCAAACGCCAAUGCCUUCUGGAUGAGCAAAUUCGACGGCUACGAUCUUGAUUACGACGACGAUACAUCACUAUGUGCAGAGAACCCUAAAGAUGGAAGGCUACGUUACGCCAAAGUUGCUAAGCGGCCAUUUAUUCGCUAUACCAAGAUGAGACUACCCCCUCUGGCAACUGCCAUUCCACUGGCAGUCGUCUGGGCUUCCUUGGCUUCUGUGAUAAAUGCCAAUAAAGCGGCCAACGCCCUCCUAGCAUCUAUUUCUGUCAGCACGGUCUCUGGAACUGCCCCCGGCAGACCGACAGAACUAGUAAGUGCACAAGAGGCUAUCCUUGCAGGGGACUACACCAAGCGACUACAUUACCAGGGCAGAGAUGUCUGCCCUGUGGGUUGCAGCAACGCAGGUAUCGAUACCAGCUCCUGGUUUGUAUAUGGUAGCCUCAACCGUCUUGAUAGAGCGUGUGAUAGGCCCAUGCUUUUGGACUUUGCACUGGCCAACCCUAUCGACACACAGAAGUCGCAUGUCGCCAUUUCCGCGUGUACCGCGGACUAUGAAAACUUCUCAAGCUUUGUGCCAAGUUCUGAUUCUGCUACCAGCUGCGCCAGCAAAGUGGCAGAGCAAGCCGAAGUGACAUUUCCCUUGCUGCUAAAGUCCUCAGGUGCUUCUUCUUCACAGCACGUGGCUGACGUCACCUCUGCCCUGGAGCAACUGCAGGCAUUUGCAAUACUGUCCAACUCAGGCUGCAACGAGACCAUCAAGUAUUUCUAUUCUGGUGAUGUGAUUGUGGGUGUUUACGCUGGCUCAGGACUUGCUGGGCAGGGUGUGCUCAGCACAGUUCUUGAAAAGCUUAGCACACGAAUCAAAGAUGACGGAAGCGUUGCGGAAAGUUGGUCGGUUGAGAUGUGCAGCAAUUCCUCGGCCAGAUACUCGUUGAGUGUACUAGUCAAUACCAAGGGUAAAUUUGGUGCUGUCCAGCGUGGAUUGCAGGCCUCCAAGAAUGGCACCUGUUUUUCCACAGAGACUGAAAUUGCUGCCUCGGACUGGGAAACAGUGACCUAUCUUGCUGCUUCUGCAAGUAGCAUCACAAGCACAGCCAACCCGAACAAGCUUACUUCGUAUCGUGCUACUGCGUGCCGGACUAUUCAAGUAGUAUCCGGAGACUCGUGUGCCUCACUGGCAACCCAGUGCGGUAUCACAGCGGCACAGUUCACGAAAUACAACUCUGACCCAAGUUUAUGCUCGGGCUUGACUCCGGGUAAACAUGUUUGCUGCAGCCCCGGUACUCUUCCAGACUUCACACCAAAGCCCAGCGCGGAUGGCUAUUGCUAUUCAAAUCUCGUAAAGUCAGGGGACUCAUGCGCAUCACUUGCAGCAGCCAACGACCUCACCAAUGCCAAAAUCGAGUCUUUCAACAAAAUGACGUGGGGGUGGAAUGGCUGUGAGAAGCCUUUUGCUAAAUACAAAAUUUGCCUCAGCACUGGCUAUCCACCCAUGCCAGCCACCAUUCCAAAUGCUGUCUGUGGGCCGCAGGUCAAUGAUACAGUAAAGGCACCCCCAGAGACGGACUUGAGCACCUUAAACGAGUGCCCAUUGAACGCAUGUUGCAAUAUCUGGGGACAAUGUGGAACUACGGGAGACUUUUGCACGCCUUCAAACUCGUCCACUGGAGCUCCAGGAACGGCUGCUCCGGGCAAGAACGGGUGCAUCUCCAACUGUGGGACCAACAUUGUGACUUCCAGCGCUCCCGGCAAAACUUACAAUGUUUCAUAUCACGAUCUAGGCGGCCGCCCUCCGCGCCCCCCUUUCGGCGAGUAUAACAGCAAAGACUCAAGGAUACCUGCCAACUUCUCCUGUGAAAGAGUCGUACAAUUGGCGAUGGAGAUGGGUCAUUCGACGAUCGUCCAAUUGCUCAUCGAUGCCGGCGCAGAUACUUCUCUUCCUCAUCCGCUCUAG